UUAAGUUUAAUAGGUUCCGAAGCAAGGAAAUUUCAGCUAUACAUACGUUCAGAAAUAAUUCUUGAUUGGCGCCAACCGAAGGAAGGAACGAUGGAGGUGGACAAUCCUGUUGCCGCAAUGAAUGACACUGAAAUGUCCCAGGAAAUAGAAGCGGAAAAUCCUGGUGUCGCAAUUGAAGAAGCAGAAAGGCCCCAGGAAGCUUGGGAAGCUGCAGUUGCCGAAAUGGAAACUCCAGAGAGUUUUGAAACCAAUGAAAGUACUGAAACCACUGAGAGUGAUGCAACUACUGAGAUUACUGAAGACACUGAGCUAAGAGAAACAACUGCUGAAACCACUGACCUUACCAAAAUCCCUGAGCUCACUGAUACCCCUGUGCUUACCGAAACCACUGAGCUCACUGAAACUCCUGAGACAACUCAACCCUUUGAGAUUACUGCAAUUCUUGAGACUAUCGAAAUCACUGGGUCUUCUGAAACCACUGAAAUUAUGGAUGCCCUCGAGAUCGAGGAGGCACCCACUGCGGUGGUGAUGGUGGAGCAGCCGAACACGAUCAUUGAGCUGGUGGAUCUGUAUGUGCCACCAGUGCCGCAAGUGCAACCAGCGCAGAUGGAACCCAAUCCCGUGACCUUUGUGAGUGGUGAGCAACCACUGGAGUUCAUCUCUUUGCAGCAGGCGAAUGCGAUGUGGGGCAAUGCAGCCAUCAUGCUUUAUACCGAACCACCAAGGAACUCUGAGCCACCGGGUGGUGAAUCAGUUCGCAAAACGGGAACUCGUGGCGGUAAGCGCACUAGGAAUGCCGCCACUCCACGGCGACCCAGAAAACGCAAGCGACCCGAGACGCCACCACCACCACUGCCUGCACCACCGAACUUUCUGGCGCACUGCAUCAAUCCGUUCGAGAACGAUAUAAGUCCCAGGGUUAUUGUGCAGCCAGCUUACAGACCCUGGGUUUUCCCAAGGGAUCUCAAGAAGGACCCCAUACCGAUGAAGAAGAAGGUGAUAAUGCCCGCUGCUCAAGCACCUUCCAUUCCAUUCCCCCUCAGUGGAGCUGUGACCACUCCAACCACCCAAACGAAGCCGGCGAUGAGUCUCGCCCAAGUGCGCCAGUGCCUGCCGCUUUUUGGACCGAAGGUGCAGCUUACCCAGCUGAGCAGCCAGGGAUCCCUGCGCUUCAUGGCCGUCCUGCGGGAGGACAAUGGUGACCAGCGGCGGAUCGUCUUCACCGCCGAGCAGCUGCUCUCCUUUAGCGCCAUCUACUUGAGGAAGAAUGCGGCACAGGCCGCUGCAGUCAAUCGUGGAAGGCCUCCAUUGCCCUCGGGAGUCAAGAGAUUGGCCAACCAGCCAGGAGCCAUCAAGGCUGCAGCUCCAUUUCCGGCGAACUUCAAGCUUCCCCAGAUGAGGGCUCCCGUGGGAGUGGCUCCUUCGCAGGCCUUUGCAUCCUAUGUUGCUCCACAAGGUGCCCUACAAGGUGCCGCACCAACUGCUCCACAAAUUGGUCGACAAGUUGCUAUACCAGCUGCUCCACCAGUUGCUUCACUAGCUGCUCCACCAGCAAUUCAACAAGCGGUUCCACCUGUAGCUCCAAAAACUGUUUUACCAGUUGGUCCACCAGUUGCUCCUCCAACUGCUCCAAAAAUUGCUCGUCAAGUUGCAACACCAGCUGCUCCACUAACUGUUCCACCAAUUUCUUCAGCAACUGUCUCAUCAACUGCUCCGCCACCUAAUCCCAAUCCUGUCCAGAAGGAGGUUCCCAUUCCAAAACCCGUUUCACCGCCGAACUCGCCACCAUUCAACUAUUCCACGGUCGGUUUGCCCUUGAUCCUGAAGCGCAGUGCCCAGAUGAAGCUGCUCAAGCUGCGUCACCAGAGGAUCAGGGAAAAGUGGGCAGCUGAGAGGGAGGCCAAGAAAAAGGAGGAAGUCAAAAACGAGGAAGUCAGAAAGGAGGAGACUAAAAAGCAGGAUGAAACCAAGAAACUGCAAGAGGACACAAAACAAGAGGAGCCCAGCAAACUGGAAGAGGCUGGAAAGCCAGAGGAGGCUGAGAAAACCAGAGAUCUCAACGGUGAGGCAGUUAAAAACAAGAUUGUGGAUGAUUUAAGCCCUACAAUUUUAGCUACUCAGCAAUAUUAAAACUAAGAGCAAUCUACAUAAAAUACAUUUGAAUUAAAAGGGAGAGUUGGAUAUUCAAAAGAAUAUCUUUCUCAAACUGCGAUAACUCAAUACUAGAACUCCAAACGCUCCUAAUGAAAAGCACCAUAUUACAAAAAAGAAAAAUAAUUUAAUUAAUAAAAACCCCUUCUUCGCACUGCAAUUACUGUGCAAAAUACACUUAACGAUAAUGCGAGAUUUCGCUAUAUGUAUAUGUACAUAUCAAAUAAAUAGCAAUGCUAAUUGGCUUUGAUAAGCCCACCAAAUAAAACGCUUUGGUUUCGUG